AUGACGACACACAUCCGCAUCCGUUCAGCCUUACUAGGAAAGGCGGCAGUUGCAAAACCGGCGGUCUCCCGCCUCAGCCGCAGCAUCGCGCUCAUUGUCUUGAUCACCGUCGCCGCAAUUUCCGGAGUUUGCUCCGCUCCGCCUCCUCUUUCCGCUUCGAAUCCGCCCGAACGGCCUUCCGCGUUGCCGCACCUCCGGCGGAGCCUCCGACUCCGCCUCCCCUCCGCCGCCCAUGCGGAUAUUCCCGCCCCCCUCACCGCCGCGCAAGCCGCGCCUUGCGGAGCUGCUGCUGUUGCGACAACCAGUCGUGCUACUUCGAGCGGCGGCGAUUACCGUCGCGACGAGUCGCUUGACGCGCUGCGACGUCGCAGGCGACUGGGCGGCAAAGUCGCCGGGUGGAAUCUGUCGCUGGGGCAGUACGCGCUGGCGACGAAUCGCACGCGUCGCAGGGACCCGCUGAACGGGAUGCGCCCGUACGAGGGCGGCUACGACCCCGCCAACCUGCACUACUGGGCCUCCCUGGGCGUGACAGCGGGGUUCGGGCCGGUGAUAGCGCUGCUGUGGCUGCUACUCGGGCUGGGCUUCAUAGGCGGCUCGUGCUGCUGCUGCUGCUGCUGCCCGCGCCACUGGGCGCGCUUGAGGGACCUCACCCGCCGCCCCUACUCGCGCGCUCACCUCACCCUGCCCCGCAUCGGCCUCGCCAUCGGCUCCCUUUUGCUGCUGGGCGGGUUCGCGGUGAUGCUGGCGGGAGCCAUACUGCUGCAGAAGAGCGCGGGGGUGGUGAGGGACGGAGCAGUGGAGCGAGUGGGGGCAGUGGUGAACACGGUGUACAACGUGUCCCAGGCCAUGGCGGGGCUCACAGAGGUGGACGUGGGUGGUAACCAGAUACCUGACAGGUCGGGCGUGCUACAGCGAGCGCAGCACGCGUGGUCGAUAGCGGACGGCAUGCAGAGCUCGUUCAACGCCGGCCGCGACACGGCAGACCGUGCCAUCAAAUACAUGUUCAUGACCCUGUUCGCCAUGGGAGCUGUCAUCACGGCGCUGGGCGUUGUUGGCGUGGUGCUUGCGUUUCUCAAGCUGGUUAUAGCAUCCAACAUCAUCAUCACCAUCAUGUGGGCCGUGGCAGUCGUCACGUGGUGCCUCACCUCGCUCUUCCUCCUCUCAGCCAUGCUGGAGGGCGACACAGCAGUGGCAGCAAACGAGGUACUCCACAACGCAUCUCUCCAGCAUAGCAUCCUGGGCGCGCUGCCCUGCUCCGCCCAGCGCAGCCUCGCCUCUGUGCGUGUCAGCAUCCUCGCUGCAAGCGCGCAGGCCACCAGCCUUGUCAACACCACCGUUGCCACCACCUACCCCCAGGUGCUGCAGCAGAUGCCAGGAGGACCCUACAGCGCUGUGUGCGUGCCGUACGCCCCUGCGCCCUCCUACACUCCCACCACGUGCCCUGCCAACGCCAUUGACCUGCAGAGCCUCGCUGCUAACCUGUACGGCCCUGCGAGCAGCGGCAUGGCAGUGGGAGUGGUGGAGGACAUAGCAGCGGUGAGCAUGGGCGUAGCAGCACUCAACGGCUCCUUUGCAGCCAUGGACGCCGCUGCCAACUGCUCCUACGUGCUCGACUCGCUGCAUUAUGCCAUGGACCAGGGCGCGAGCAUAGAGCUAGACCUGCAGCUGCUCUGGAUUGGCUUCCUCAUCCUCUCCCUUGCCUGCAUGCUGCUCGCCCUUUGCAUCCCCGUCUACGUCUACCGGGCCGUGCGACUGGGACCCGAGCCUGAAAAGAAGGGUGAUGCUGCCGACCCUGACAGAAGGCGCGCAUCCUCCGCGCAGCAGGCAGCCCCGGGUCGAGCGGAGCGGGGCGGAAGCGGGUGCGCGCCAGCUGGUCCGAAACCGCCGCGCGGGGCGCAGGCGCGCGGAAUGAGCUACGCGGGGGAUGGCGAGGGGGAAGCGUCCGGCGCGGCGGGGCGGACGGCUUUCCGCGUGGCGGAGAAGCGGUUCAAGCUGGUGAAGGAGGACACGGGGCAGCGCCGACGACGGCGCGGGCAACAGCGCGGGCAGGGCUCGGACGCGGCGGCGGGAAAGGGCGGCAGCGCGGAGGGCGCGCUGAGGGGGGCGGUGGACUUCCGCGAGCUGGAGCAGCGCUUCCAGGCCACGGGGCAGCUCGCUGACACCUCUGCCCCUGCCGCUACAGCCUCUGCGGAUGUUACAGCCGGUGGUGGUGGGGCGGCAUGUGUGGCGACGGUGGCUGUGAGCAGCAUGGUGCGAGAGGAGGGCGUGGCAGGGCUGCAGUGCCCUGUAUACUCCGUGCACGGCAGGCCCGGGUUCUUCUUCCUACCCGCAGCACUGACGGUGCAGCAGCAGGCGCAGCUGGUGCGGGAGGCGGUGCAGGGCAGCAUAGAGCCGCCCAACCGCACCAACCACACCGCUGCCUUGGGCCCCAUCCACGGCCUCUGGCCCGCCUUCGCCCUCUCCUGCUCUCAUAGUCAUGGCAGCACGGAGCAUGAUGGUGAUGAGGAUGGUGAUGGUGGUGAUGGUGGUGAUGGUGAUGGCAGCAGCAGCAGGAGGCGUGUCAGUGCUGUGCUGCGGCCGUGCGUGGGAGGAGGAGAGGCGGAGCCAAUUGAGUGUGCGAGGGAGAAGGGCAUGGGUGGGGAGGCGAGGGAUUGGGGUGGGGAGAAUGGGUUGCGGGGUAUUGCAGGUGGCUCGUGCUGCUUUGAGUUUCAGGAGCAAGGGGAGGAGGAGAGGGGGAAAGGCAGAGGGGAGAAGGGGCGGGGGAAAGAAGGGGGAGGAGGGGCUAGAGGGGGUGGAGAUGGAGUGGGGGAUAGUGGGGGCGAGGUAAUGGCCGGGGAGAGAAGUGAGGGCGCAGGUGCGGUGAUGAAGAGCGGGGAGGAGGGUGAGAGGAAUGGAGACGAGGGGAGGUGUGUGGGGGGGGAGGGUGUGGGUGGGGGCCGUGAAAGGGGGGUGAGCGCGGAGUGGUUGGUAGGCAAGCUGCGGUGGGCCACACUUGGCGUGCAGUUCGACUGGAGCAAGCGUGCCUACGACCCCUCGCUGCCCUUCCGCCCCUUCCCUCCCUUCCUCGCACACCUGGCCUCGCGCCUGGCCGCGCCGGCCAUGCCCUCCGCGCAUGACAACUUCUCUCCUGAAGCUGCCAUCGUCAACUUUUACCAUCCAGGGGACAUGCUGGGCGGGCAUGUGGACGACAUGGAGGCGGACUGGACCAAGCCCAUCGUCAGCAUCAGUCCAUAUCCCUCCUCCGCCUCCUCUACCUCUGGCAAUUCCGCCUUCGCGCCCAUUCCCCCCUGUGCCUUAAAAGUCUCUCACUCCCGUUUCCCCCUCUCCCCUCCCGUUUCCCCAUCUCCCCUCCCGUUUCCCCCUCUCCCCCCCCCCAUUUCCCCCUCUCCCCUCCCGUUUCCCCCUCUCCCCUCCCGUUUCCCCCUCUCCCCUCCCGUUUCCCCCUCUCCCCUCCCGUUUCCCCCUCUCCCCUCCCGUUUCCCCCUCUCCAAUCCCGUUUCCCCCUCUCCCCCCCCCGUUUCCCCCUCUUCCCCCCCACCCGCCCCCGUGCCCCCCUCUCCGCCUGGGUGCUGUGUAUCCCCUGCGGCCCACCGCCACAGUCUGGGGUGCAAGGCGGUGUUUCUGCUGGGCGGGCGCACACGGGACGAGGCACCCAUGGCGGUGGUGGUGCGCAGUGGCGAUGUGCUGCUCAUGGCCGGGCCCUGCCGGGAGUGCUUCCAUG